CGUCUGUCCAGCUGGUCAUGCAUUCCACCCCACUCCCUCUUGAGGAUUAUCCUUAUUCGACAAACGCCCCUGUGGCAGUGCCUGGGACACCUGGCAAUACACGCUUAAAAUCGGGAUCGGAUGCCGUGCUCAGUGAUUGGACUUACACGCUGGAGUAUGGUUCGUUACCAACAGUUCAGUUCGCUUAUCUUCCAUUGCGUAUUCAACAUCUAAUCGGUCAGCGCGUGAGUAAAUCCCGAUGUCCUCUAUUCACUUUGGUCGUUUCCAACCGGAACCACUGGUGUUUGGUGAAACUUUCGGGCGAUCCCUCUUGUGAAUCUCCAAUGAAGAUCAAGCCUCGUGGGACUGAUUUAGAUGCACACACGAAGGACACAAUUCUUCCGCCCAUGGCCUGUCGGUUGAAGCAAGCCACUUUGAUUCUCACAGUAGAUGAGCAUACAGAAGCGCAUUACGUUGGCACCAGCGUGACGUUUCAUCUCACGCCAUCUGAGUCAACCAGUGCUUGGAAGUGUCCCUUUUGCGGAAGUUCUUUCUUCUUAGGGACGGAUAUAAAUGGUCGGGCUACAGUUGAGCAGCAUCUUCGUCUUCAUUUGGAAUUACGCUGCUGUAUGGACUGCGCCACUUUACUCCCCAACACGACCAGAAAUGUGUCUUCCUCAUCCCCCUUCACUCACGAAUGCUCCACAAUUAAUAGCCAGUCGAUUGUUCGGACAGAUUGCCUGUCAUCUGCUUUGACUCACGCUCAUCUUUCUGAUGGACAGACUUCUGUGCCAAACCCGUCGCCAGUGUUCUCCAAUCCAAUCAACCUAAGGAAACUGCAGUCGUGUGACAGUGAACAGAUAACCGUUAGCCUUCCAGAACAGCGGGGAACGUUGGUUUUCCUUUGUCCGAAUUCCAAACCCUCAAAGACCUGCCACCCCUCUAGAAGAAAACGUGUUCCAGAAACAUACUGUGUGCAUUGCAAUAUGGAACUUGAGACUCCUGGAAAGUAUCAACAACAUCGUAAAAAUGUCCAUCGUCCAUAUAGGCUAAUGUGUCCUGAAUGUGGUGUCUCGUUCAGUACAAAAGGAAACCUUACAAAACAUUUUCUGAGUCUUCACAAUCAAGCAACGUCAUCCCAAUGUGCCCUGUGUAAAAAGCAGUUUUUAAACAGGUAUAAUCUUCAACGCCACAUUCAACAAGCACACCCAAAGAAAAUGCCUACUCCACAGUUCGGCACCAGUCCGACCGCAUCGGCUAGCGUGGUGAAUCCCUUCAGUGAAAUCGACCACGUCGUCCCUAAACCCGAUGUAUCAACAGUUGAUCACCUUAACGAAGGAUCAGCCUUACGUUGUCUGCCGACGGCCUCAGACGUUCUGAAAUCACGUGGCUUUUAUCUAUAUCUCUCAGAGGCUGGUACAACUCGUUCGGCUCCUGAUACACCACAUCUCGAACUUUGCACCGACAAUACGAAUUCGACAAACCAUCCGUCUCAGUCUGCUCUGGUUGCAGAAGUACAUCUAACGCCCUGCGAACCAUCCACCCCUGACGCUCAGUACGGUCUAUUAGAGAGUGCCUGGCGUCAAUCGAUACGACUUCCCAAUAACUUUUCUGGUCCAACACUGUGAUAACUGCGACACACCCGGCUGAUACUUGUUUGUUACUUUAGUGCGCUUUGAUAAACUUUUAUGCUGUGGAAUAUCGAGAAUAUACUUUGCCUU